UCGCGCGGCACGCGGCGCACCGUACGCACGGGUUUCGCGUUGCGUUUAAAUUUAUUUAUAUAUAGAAUACAUUUAUAUAUAUAUUCUUACUAACUAUAAUUCUAUCUAUCUUCUAUAUUAUAUAUUUUCAAUUAACUAUAUAUACAUAUAUUAAAUUACGAUCGAAGUAUCUGUCAACAGACGUAAUCAUAAUCACUAUCAUCUAGCGCGCUCUUGAAACGACAUCUACUAGACUUAAGAUUUAAGAUCCUCCAGCAUCCCUACACACGUUCUUGACAGCUGUUAUCAGUAUCUCCAGCUGACAGUGAUCUACACAUGGACUCACGUCAAUGAAUACGUAGGAAGCAGACAUAUUUCUUGGAAGUAAAGCGACCCUGCAACACAAACUAACUCUUCGGGAAGGAUCAAGAUGCUUUUUAGAGAACCGGAACAAUCAAUCAGAGUAGCAAGUAGUAAAGUAAUAAAUAUAAUUUAAAGUCAAAAACAAAUGGUCAGCAAAGUCAGAGAAAACAAAAAACUAAAGAAUAAGGAAAAUAUAAAAAGUAUAAGUUGAGUUUAAUGACUGCCAUAAAGUACCUUGAAGAAGCAACUCUUUUAAUUCAAAACUUUACUAAAGUCAUAAGUCUUUGUGAGAGAAUCCAGUGGCAGAGCAAAGUGGACGUAGGUUCAGGUGCAAUUUAAGAUUUAAAAUAAAAAAAUCCACUCUAGGAUAUUCACUUAGUCUAGUUAAAAACAAAAACAAUAGAAGAAGAAGAAGAAGAAGACAAAGAAGAAGAAUAAAAAUAGUAUUGUUAGUUUUUUAAAUAAUUUAUUUGACAAUAAAGUUCAGAAAGAAUCUCCAGUUGUUUCUUAUCCAUUUUUAAGACUUUCUACGUCUGUGAUACAGAAAGAGAAGUGAAGUAGAAGAAUAGAAUUGGAGACGUCUCAAUGCGCCGCAAUUAAACGGCCACUCUGUUCAAAGUGUGACUAAUCUGCUUGGAGAAAAAAAUAUAAAAUAUAAAGAAGCUGCAAAGAAUAUAAAAAACAGGAAGAAAGAAAGAAAGUUGAGUAAAGUGAAAGGAGUGAGACGAGAUAAAAUAAAAAAAAGGGCGAUCUGAAGCAAACGAUCGUUAAAGGAAUGCGAGAGAGGAGCGUUCUUGAGAUUCUUUCGUCCACUUCCGGUCGUUUGAGGUGGAUAUUCGAGUGACUCGCGUUCUAUCAAUUUCUUUAUACUCCCUCACAUCCUUAACAUUAUGCUGAUCAUUCAACGGCCAGGACAAAGGUAGUUCGUGCGGAUGAGUGCCCGGAGGCUUUACCGUUCGCCGAUUUAAACGAUCGGCGGAUGGACAGCCUCGCUUCGGGAAAGCCUAGUACGUAAAAAGGAAAACAGCCACCGCAAAAUCAGUCAGUUGUUCUGAAGAUACGAGAAAGGAAGGAAGGAAGGAAGGAGUUUUGAAUAACCGGCUUAAGUUGUAGUCUUCACAUUAACGCAAAUUAUAAGACAAAUUGCAACGUCACGUUGUUGCGACACAACUAGUGCAUACAUACAUAAAUUAUAUAUUUAUUCAACGGAAGCUUCCACAUAUAAAAUGAUGUUUUUUCCCCGUCAUAAAGCAAUGCAAUUUUAAAUCCCGUGUUGGUUUAACUUUUUUUCUUGAAGAGAAAUAAAGAUAUAGACACACGGUCAGUGUCAUUUAGUCCGUCGUCUCGGUAACACACCUACGAUAAAUCCACCUCCUUUUAAAGGUGGAUAAUAAAUUAUUAGCAGUUUAUUUAACUUGGCUGAAUUACUGCCAAUACUCCCAUUAUUCUCAGUGCCUUUAACGGAUUAUCCGUUUUAUCGUGUCUUCAUAAAAGCUCUUAUAUUUUAAUUUAAAAUAUAACUCAUUUACAAGACCGAUUUAAAUAUAUUUUUUUAUUUAUAAAACGUGAUCUUGUAAAGUUGAGACUUUGACUGCAAGUGUAAUUAUUUCUACUGGAAGUUUAUGUGCGGGAAAGUGUCGAGUGAAGUUUUGUUUUUAAAAUCUAAUGGAUUAACCAUUUAAUUAAUCGAAAAAUAGUGUGCCGCGUUUUUUAUUUAAGUUACUUAACAUUUAAAUUAGUGAGUGAGUUUAUAUUUAAGAGCAACAGUGAAGAUGAUGCUCUAUAUUAUAUUUUUUUCUCUUCUGACCAACAUCUUGGCUACUAAGCCACACUCUUUAAUGUACGCCGACGAUAAAGUGCAAAAUUAUCUAAUGAAAUUCGGGUAUUUACCAGAAAGUGAUCUGGAGACAGGAAAUCUUAGAACAGAUGACCAAUUAAGAGAAGCUGUCAAAGAUCUGCAGAGGUUUGGCGGUAUUAAAGUGACAGGGGAAAUCGACGAAGCGACACAGAAGCUGAUGAAGGCCCGACGUUGCGGUCUAUCAGACAAGCCCGACCCACGCUUCGAGAGAUCAAGACAUAAGAGGUUUACAAUUCACGGGCAACAUUGGCCGUACAAAAAUCUCACCUGGAGUUUGCGGACAGAGCGACCAAGUGGAUUAGAUCCCUAUGGGGUAAGACAAGAAUUAAGCCGUGCACUGGAUCUAUGGGCGAGAAAUUCAAAGCUUACAUUUCAAGAAGUCAACAGCGAUCGUGCAGAUAUUCUCAUAUAUUUUCAUCGAGGAUAUCACGGUGAUGGUCAUCCUUUCGAUGGACGUGGACAAAUAUUAGCACAUGCUUUUUUUCCGGGUCGCGAUCGUGGAGGUGACGCGCACUUUGAUGAAGAAGAAAUAUGGCUGCUGCAAGAUGACGACAAUGAAGAAGGAACAAGUUUAUUUGCGGUAGCAGCUCACGAGUUUGGUCACUCGUUAGGUCUCGCCCACAGUUCGGUACGUGGUGCGCUUAUGUACCCGUGGUACCAAGGGAUCUCUCAGAACUAUGAAUUACCCGAGGAUGACAGAAAUGGCAUACAACAAAUGUAUGGCUCUCCAGAGGGUAAACUUUGGGCAAAUUUACCUGGAGCUUCAGGUCCAUCUCAACCAUAUCAUCCGCGACUUACAACAUCGACAACUACAACAACUACAACUACGACUCCAAGGCCACGAACAACCCAAAAGUACUGGAGAACGUGGCCCACUAGGCCAAACAGUUAUCCAGAUGAAAGAGAACGAGAACGAGAUAGAGACAGGGAGAGAGAAAGAGAAAGAGAAAAGGAGAGAGAGCGGGAAAGAGAAAGAGAAAGAGAAAGGGAAAGAGACAGAGAACGAGAAAGAGAGAGAGAUAGAAAUGGAGAUAGGCCAGAUUACAAGCCUCAGGAUCGUUAUCCUUACAAGCCAGAUUACAGAACAGAAAUACCAGAGAGACCGAAUUGGCCCGAGAGACCGACAUGGCCUAAACGACCGGGAUGGCCUGAGAAACCAAAUAAACCUCAUCGGCAUCAUACGACAACUACUACCACAACAAUUUUACCACCGCCACAACGACCGAGACAUCGUUCGACUCCAAAACCCAGGAAUGAUACUCCUGAUAAAUGUGAUACCAGCUAUGACGCUAUUAGUAUCAUUCGGCGAGAAGUCUUUAUCUUCAAGGGAAGAUAUUUCUGGAGGAUAGGAGACCAUGGAUUAUAUGAGGGCUACCCAGCAGAAAUAGUCCGUCUAUUUGAUCUGCCCGAAGAUCUCGACCAUGUGGACGCAGUUUACGAACGACUAGACAAGAAAAUAGUAUUUUUCAUAGGAAGAAAUUAUUACGUCUUCAACGCAAACAAACUUGAGCCCGGGUAUCCACGAUCGCUCAGUACUCUGGGUCUUCCCGAUAGUCUAGAGAAAAUUGACGGAGCCAUGGUUUGGGGUCAUAAUAGUAGAACUUAUUUCUUCAGCGGCACUAUGUACUGGAGGUUUGAUGAAUCCAUAAAUUAUGUCGAAUUGGAUUACCCAAGAGACAUGAGUAUGUUCGCAGGCGUUGGCAACAAUAUCGACGCCGUAUUUCAAUGGAAAAAUGGUAAAACAUAUUUCUUCAAAGGUAAAAAGUUUUGGGAAUUUGAUGAUCUUCGAAUGAGAGUUGUACACGAAAAACCAAAACUUUCAGCACCAUUUUGGAUGGGAUGUCCACCGGAAAUAGAUACAAAUGACAUUGAUUAUAACCCAAGACGAGCAAAAAUAGUCAAUACAGUUAGUACAGGAAAUAAACAAACCAUGACAUUAUCAUUAUUGAUUUCUCUACUUGUUGCAUCAAUAAUUAUGAGAAUCACUUAGCUCACGUAAUUUUAAUUUUAUUAUUUGUAAAUUUAAAAAAAAAAAAACUGAAAAAGACAAUCGACAAUUUGUCGUGAAUUACUUUUUACUAUAAAUUUUUACCGCCUAAUCAUUUUUUAUAAAUAAUUACUGCCAAAAAAUGAAUAAAUUUAAAACUAAGAAUAAAAAAAUUUUAAUGAAAUACCAGGCCUGCCUUUGAAUAUUAAUGGAUAAAUAAUCUAUUUUAAAAUUUAAAAAUCAAAAAUAUUUUAUAAAUAAAAUGUGUAUGUAAUUUUAUUAGCCAUUAUAUGUAACUUAAUAUUUUAUUUAUGUAUUGGUGUAUACGAAGAUAAUAACUUCCGUCCCAUGAUGUUGAAGUGAAAAAACAUUUGAAAAAAAAAAAAAAAUAAAGUAAUUAAAAUAAUUAAAUAUUAAUUCUCAAAGCACAUACCCGUGUAAAAAAAAUUGAUGAAAAAGUGUAGAAUAUUUUAAAAUUCAAAACGUGACACGACGACGAAUUUUUUAAUUUCUCGCUAUGAAAAUUGAAAAUUUUCAAAAAAAGGGAAGUUGUUGGUUUCAGUCCGAUACACAGGUCCAAAAAAAAAAAAAAAGUGAUGUGUGCUGGGUGUCAGACUAUGAUUUUCUGAAGUAUUUUUUCCCGCUGAAUACGAAUCCGAACUCAGAAUUGGGGGUCAAACUGCAAAUAUUUGAGAAAAACCCAAAAAUCACGACGAUACUGAAGUUAGCCGACAACUAAUAAUUUUUGGACUUUUUUUUAAAUAAUAAAUCAUAAAAAAAAAAUGUUUGAAAAAAUUGCACUUAUAGUUUUUUAAAUUUUCUACACGUGCAUAUUUUUAGUUUUUUUUUUUUUUGGGUAAUUAAUUCAUUGAAAAGAAAAUCCGAAAAUUACUAAUUGUCUGCUAACUUCAGGACCAUAAAAUCGCAAUAUAGUUUUUUUUGUACGACGAUAACGUUCUUAUAGAUUUCCUCAUUUUCUGGUCGUAGAAAGUUAUUUUGAGCAUUUUUACUUGACGGCAAUCGAAAAGACUCACCAAGAUUUAGAACUGAAUAGAUUUUGAAGUCGAUCAGUCGAGUAGUAUACGAGUUAUAUGAAAAAUAAGAAUUUUUUUGAGGUUUUUUUCGUAUAACUUAUAAACCACUUACCCAACUUGCCUCAGAAUGUAAUCAGUUCAAAUUCUUGGUAACUCUUUCGAUUGCCGCCAAUCGGUUGAUUCGUUCCAAAGGUAUCGUCGGACAAAAAUUAUUUUAUUUUCCAAAAAAAUGUAUGUUCUUUCGGUCCAAUAGUUUUUUGAGCUCAAAAUUUUCUGAGUUCGAAAACAACGGGAAGAUUUGGGCUCGGCGCAGGGUCGAGAAGGCACCCAAACAUGCCUUAAAAAAUUGCUAUUGUAAUAUUUUGAAGCUUAGAAUAGUCAACACUUUUUCAACGAUUUUUUUUACACGUACAAGUGCAUCAGUUUUAUAAACUGUGAUAUAUAAUUAUAACACAAGAAAGCUAAAUAAAAUAGUAAAAAAAAGUAAAUAAUUGUAAUAAUAAUAAAAUAUAAAAUGUAACAUGGGAUAAGAUGGAAGUGCUCCCAAAAUAAAAUAAUACAUUUUAUAAAGUCAAAAAUUUUAUAAAAUAUUUAUACUUAGAACGGCCUUAUUGCCUUGUAAUUUUUAUAUAUUGUAAUCUUUUGUAAAAGUUUUUGAGCUUUUUAUAAUAAAUAAUAAUUGAACAAGUAUUUUUUAAAAUAAAAUAAAAUAAAAUUUUAUCUAUUCCCCUGAUUAAACAAAAUGAUUCACUCAAUGAUGAAUGUAUAUCUAUAUAGUCGUAAAAUUGAAUCGUUUUGAAUUGUUUUGAAUCGUUUCUUUUAAUCAGGGCAAGUCUUCUUAAAGUGUCGAAUAGUUUUUAGAAGUCUGGGAUCAUUAUGACUUACGACUUAUUCGUAUUAAAUAAAAUAUUAAUAUUCGAUUCGCAAUUCGAAUUAUUUAUUAAUAAAUUACUGUAAAAAUGUUUAUAAUUUACCGCGUGUAAGUUUGAAUUCAACAGUUAAAAUUUCAAUCAAUUGUUUUAAUUACAAUCGAAUAAUUCAAAAAAUUACGAUUUUUUUUAAGUCGAAUAUUAAUAUUCGAUUUAAUUUUAUCACUAUUCGCACAUCUCUAAUUGUAUUAAAAUAUUGAACCACAAAGACUUGAAAAAAAAAAAUUGUACUACAAAAAUGAAGUUCCAAAAAAUCCAAUUUU